AUGUAUCACGGUUCACUGAUAGGUGAUGACAACGACGAAUCUACAAAGACUCUUGCGACGAAGAAGAAGAAGAUAGAGCUGUCGAAUGAAGAAGAUACAGAGUACUAUAUCGAUCCCAGCACGCAAGAAAAGUCCAAUAACAUUCUUGUCACGUCUGAAUCCGGCAGGGGCUCUGGUCUUAGCGUGGUGUUCAACGUAGAACCUCAAGAUUAUCCGGACUGGUCUCAAUCGCCAUAUUAUGGAGCUAAAAUUUUAAUCUCAGAUCCGAACGAUUACCCGGAAACAACAGUACUAUAUAAAUAUGUAAAAGUAGGUGACGCGCUGGAAAUCAAAGUAGAGCCGAUGGUAUUCACUAGCGAUGACAACCUCCGCAGUGUUCCGAUAGACAAACGAGGCUGCAGCUUCCAUGACGAAACUAUUUUGGUUCACACUAAUAGAUACAGUACCGAGACAUGCAAAACUGAGUGCAAAAUGAAGCGAUACAAAGAGGGUUGCGGCUGUGUCCCUUACAAAUAUCCAAGCGAUGACAGCAUCCGUACUUGCACAUUUGAAGAUCUGGAGUGUUUGAAUAAUAUGAGAGCAUACAGAAGCAAGGAAAAUGAAACGUGUAAACCCAUUUGUUAUACAGAAUGUAGGGAUAAGAAGUAUAGUAUCACCAGCGACGUAAUGCCUCUAGUAACUGAAAUCUACACAGGAAUAAGUAAAAUAAACUGGACAACUGAAGAACUGUCGUCUCUUAAAGUAUACUUCGCCAAAUCUACAUGUAAUUGUUAUCAAAAGACACUUUUAAUCGAUUUCAACUAUAUAGUUGCAACCUACGGAGGAGUAUUCUCAUUAAGUUUUGGAGCAUCUAUUAUUACGUUGAUCGAAUUUAUUUAUUUACUUAUUCCAGGAUAUGACUAA